AUGGGUGAAGUUACCCGGAUUUUUUGUCCUGCGUUUCUAUCGCUCUCAACAAUCUCUCAUACUCGUGCUCUAAUUCUGGCAUUUGAUUUCCAAUGUCUUGCAGUUUUCUUUUUGAUGUUUCUAAUUGAUCCAAAUCCCCAUCUGAGAAUCUAUUUCAUGUUUUACAUUUCUCUAUUUACACUUCCAACUGCAUACGUUGUGGUUUUCGGUGAUCGAAUUUGGAUGAGAGUGGCCUUUGUAUGUCAGCUAACGAGAAUGGUAUUCAUUGGAUUCCACAAUGUUUUUUACCCAAUUUUUGUUGCUGCAUACAUUGCGAUUGGCUACGAAAACCAUCACCCGGGAACUACUUCAGAUGAGAUUCUCAUGCAUUCAACUUCCUAUGGGGAACCUGCAAAACUUUUCCAAAUCUACCGCCUUCAAAUGAUGCUCAAAACAACUCCAGAUGUUUCAGUCGACGGAUCUGAAGUUGACCUGGAAGAUGAUAAAUAUGAAUCAUCCGUAACUAAAACUGAAACUGAAACCAUAGGGAGCUGCAAUUCAGGAGACGCUGUUCUUGUUAACAAUAUCUAG